CGCAGGUUUAUAGUAAUGCUUCAGUUUCACGAGCGAUGAAAUUUGUGAUGCUAAAUUUAUUUGGUACAGAAAUCCGUAAGGUUAAUCGUAACAAAUGAGUUUCUUACGCAACGUCUUCCUAAGCUUGCUUGUUUUCUUGUUCGGCCAAACUUUUGAUCCCAUUGUGCGACAGGAGCCUGAUGCCGUUUAUGAUUUCAUUGUCGUUGGAUCUGGGCCUGGAGGGGCAACAGUGGCCAGUAGAUUAUCAGAAAUCCCAGAUGUGAAAAUUUUAAUGCUGGAAGCCGGAGAAAGCGAUUUGAAAGAUCCACGAAUACAAAUUCCAACUCGAGCGAAUGAACUUGACAAAACUGAUAUAGACUGGAAAUAUGAAACCGAAGCAAUCUCACGACCACCAUUUACUGACCGGAUUUUUCCAAUGCCAAGAGGAAAAACCCUAGGAGGUACGAGUUCAAUAAACUACAACGUCUAUAUGAGAGGUUCACCGCAUGAUUUUAAUUCCUGGGAAGACUCGGGAGCUGCAGGAUGGGGAUGGAGUAAUGUUGAACCUUAUUUUCGUAAAGUGGAAAACGCAACAAUGGAUGGAAUGUCUGCUAAACUAGGAAGAAAUGGAAAUUUAAAAUUAUCCAGAAAUCACAAUGAACCGUCAAAAGCAUGGACGUUGAUUAAAAACGCAGCUUCCGAACUCGGUAUAAAAACGAGCGAUUACAAUGAUGAUAUGCUGGGACUCAGCCCAGUAACAUUCACUGUACAUGAAGGAAUUAGACAGAAUUCUGUAGCUGCUUAUUUACGGCCAAUACACAAAAAAAGGCGAGACAGACUACACAUUGUAACAGGGGCUUUAGUUUCGGAAGUUCUAAUAGACAAUGAUCCUCGAUUCGGUCCUAAAGCAUAUGGAGUUGAGUAUUUAAAGAACGGCAAAUAUCACACCGUACGAGCCCGCAAAGAAGUUAUAAUUUCAGCUGGAGCGAUAGGAACGCCGCAAAUUCUACUUUUGUCCGGAAUUGGACCCAAAAAAGACUUGCAAAGUCUAGGUAUACCAGUGAUCGUUGACUUACCGGGAGUUGGGUCGAACUUGGAAGAUCAUUUAUCGAUUACUGCCCGUUUUAUGACGAAUCUAACCAAUCCACCUCCGGAAAAAAAUCCGAAGGUGCAAUAUAUAGUCAACGGAAACGGACCUAUGAGUAUGAGCCCAUACAUCGCUGUUUUUAAAAAACUACCUCUGAAAGGCACGUCGACGGGUUCAAAUGGAGGACGACGACCGUUUUCAGAUAUUCUCCUGUUUUUGCAAGAAAAUCCGGCGUUACCAACGCUUCUAUAUGCUGGUAUGUUGUUGCAUCCUAAAUCAAGAGGGAAUGUUAAGUUGCGAUCAAAAGAUAUCAAGGAUCAUCCUGUGAUCAACCCAAAAUAUUUAGAACAUGAAGAUGAUUUACAAGUUCUUACGGAAGCCUAUCGCUUGAUGGAAGAAUUCGAAAAGUCGGCAGCAUUUCAAAAAGCCGGAGCUCAAGUAAUGAUCCCUGCCAUUUGUAAUAGAACAGAAAACAAAGAUGCUCCAAGGAAUGACAAUUUUUAUAAUUGUCUGAUAUGGGAAACAACCAUAUCAGGACAUCAUCAAUGUUGCACUGCUAAAAUGGGAUCCCGCUCUGAUAAAUAUGCCGUGGUGGAUCCGCAACUGAGAGUGAUUGGUAUUCAUGAUCUCCGCGUGGUUGAUGCUUCAGUGUUUCCACAUCAAACAUCGUCAAAUACUCAGGCAUCAGUGUAUAUGGUCGCUGAAAAAGCAGCCGAUUACAUAAAACAGACAUGGCAACAUCGAACAGCUUAGCAUCAUAAUUGCUAAAUACAAUUGCAUCCCGACUAACUAAUGUGUUUUUAUUAUGUUGACCUUUUUCAAAAAGGGUACUUCUUUGUUUCUUUG